UACUAGAAAAUGCAAAGGCUGAUAAAGUCUAAAGCGGGUCUUUCAACCGGGCUGACCCGCCGAUGGCUGACCACCACCACCACCACCACCACCAGCAGUGGAACCAAAACAACUGUAAUGAGCUUCGGAGACGGAAGCCACGGGGCGUUGGGCCUACCCUCGUCCGUUAUGGGCCUGGGCUCCGACGCCUACGAACCCACUCCAAUUCAAGGCCUUCCGGAUAAUAUCUCAAGCAUUGCCGCCGGCCAUUACCAUUCCCUCGCCGUCACCUCCGACGGCCAUGUCUGGUCUUGGGGCCGUAACCACGAAUCCCAACUCGGCCGCAGCCCUCCUUCUCCAAGAGAGACGUGGAACGAACCUAAGAAAGUAGAAGGGUUGGAUCAAGUUAGGAUUCAAGCCGCAUUUGCGUCUGGAGUCAUUUCUGCAGCUAUUGGAGAAGAUGGUUCACUAUGGGUCUGGGGGAAGUCCAAGCGCGGGCAGCUUGGGUUAGGAGGAGGAGUUAUUGAUCCUGUUUUACCUACUAGAGUUGAAGCACUUGCUGGAGAAGAUGUUGUUAAGGUCUCACUAGGUUGGGGACAUGCACUUGCACUUACUCAACAUGGAAAGUUGUUUGGAUGGGGUUACUAUGCUGAUGGAAGAUUAGGGAGAAUUGGGAAGUCAUUUGAGUCCUCUCCAUUGGAUUCAGUUACUGGUAAAUUUCAACCUUCGAAAGAAAUUUCAAAUCCAAUGCUUGAAGCUGCUGAGAAGCUGGUCUUGGAAGGUAUUGAGAAAGAAAAGGGCAUGCCAAUCAUUUGGGAACCCAGUUUAAUUGAAGAACUACGUGAUGUUGAAGUUGUAGAUGUGUCAUGUGGGCUUGACCAUUCCCUGGUUCUUUGUGGGGAUGGAACUCUUUUAAGUAGUGGGAGCAAUGUGUAUGGCCAGUUGGGUAGAGUAAACCAAGAUUCAGGGAUGCAUCCAGUUGACAUAAAGUUCCGUCCUCUUUCUAUAGCAUCGGGCAUGGGGCAUUCUUUUGCAGUCUGUCAGAAUCACGCAUCAGACGUUACUGAAGAUUCACCAAUCAUUGUUUCAUGGGGAUGGAACCACAAUUCUCAACUUGGGAGAAAUGGUCCAGCAAAUAUCCCGCUGGUGGUUGAAGCACUUUCUAGCGAGACACCUAUUACAGUAUCGGGGGGGCGGGCUCAUUCAGUGGCUAUCACAGCUAGGAAAGAACUUUGGACUUGGGGCUGUGGUAGAAAUGGUAGACUUGGCUUGGGCAGCUCAGCUGAUGAACCAGAACCUAUGGUUGUUGAAGAUCUGGAAGGUUGUGAAGUUAUGGAAGCUGUUGCAGGUUUUGAUCAUAGUCUUGUUCUCAUUGGGGAAUGAGUGAGUUUUGUUUCCCUUGGCAAGAGUUAACAAAUCAACUUUCGUGUAGCGUUAAGUCUGCAAACCCAUCACUUAAAGAAGAUCCAUCCGUUAACAUACACAAUUACACACACAAAUGUAUGCAGGGGUGCAUUUGGAAAGUUUCACAUUAAGGUGGCUUAGACCUGUCAGCGUGCAGGAGACAGGAGGGUUUGCCGGUUGAAGCGAUCUUCUUGAGCCUGCUGUUUUGCAACAUGAACAUAUGAUCAUUAACAACAUGUUACUCUGUGCUGGGGAUUACAAGGAGGUGAUUCUGAGUUAAGCUUUGUUUCUUUUGAAGAGAAAGAUCUGGUGUAGAAAGACAAAUGCAAUAUUCUGUCUCAUGACAUACCAUGUUUGCUGGAGUUCAGUCAAUGUUAGAGUUCCAAAAAAGUUUCUUGUAUCCGGGCCAUGCUUUCAAACCUCAUAAGUUAUAGAUUUCUCAUGGUUUAUGGUAUAUUCGAGUGUAAUGAUAACUUCUAAUUUUUGUUUUAUGGGAAUACGCUAUAUUUUCUUGGGAAAUGUGUAUUUUUGCCAAGAUCCUGUACAAAUCUGAAACUGAAAAUUAAUUUGUUUGCCUCUGUCGUUGAAAUGGAGCUCAGGAACCUUGUUGGCUUGGCA